AUGCCAACACCAGAGGAUACCGAUACCAACAGAGCCGAGAGCAGCAAUACCUCCAACCCAGCUGCCAACCCGGGACCAAGCACCGAACCCAGCAUUUCCGGCAUACACGAGUCCACACAGCAACGACCAGAUAAUGCGCGACGCACAGAGAUCUACACCGAUAACCCGGGCCAUGCAAGUCAUCUUACUGACGAGGAACGACAGAGACUAGAGGCUCUCGCUGCAGAUUCGAGCGCCGGUGCAAUUUUCGUUACGUAUGAUUUGGUCCACAGGAUAGAUACGCUCAUAGCGGAUGGGACCCGUCGUACGGAUGAGGCUUUGAUGCAGUAUUUGUUCCAGGAUGAUAUUUGGGAGGCUGUUGAUAUCGGUGGUAUCGAUUAUACGGAGACACCGGAGAAUAGUAGGGAUAGGAACGGGAACGGGGACAGCAAUGGAGGACAAGGUGGUGAGAGCGAAUUGAAAUUGACGAAUGGAACGGGGGAGGGCCAUGAAGAGGAAUUAAAGCAACAGAGUGAUAUUUAA